AUGCUACAGAUACCCAGCCGAACACCGCCUGGAAAGAGCCUCGAAGCUCCCUUCAUCGCCGACCAAGACUGCGAUCCCUCCGAUAAACCCUUCGGCCAAGACUACGAACGUGGUGCCUUGGCCGACGGUGGACUAAGCGCCGCGCUAUUGUCCAUGUCCGGCUUCGAAAAGACGCAGGAACCGUACGUGUACGAUUACUCCGCCACAAGACCAAACCCGGAGCAGAGAUACCCUAGCUACGCACAGCCUUCAUUCGCCGCGCAGUACUCGAGCGCGCAGGCGCGCCAGUCCCAUGGUCCUGCGAGCGCCGAACAGAUGCCUUUUAUCUCUGGGUCCAGCCUCGAGGCGCGUGAUGUGCCAUAUCAGGCCGAAUAUCCUUCAUAUAUCGCUGCAAGGUCGCGUCAUCUGCUCGAAGUAACGAAUUACUCGCCUCGAAAAGGCCUGCAUGGGGACAGAUUCUACGUCUACUUCCGCACUACCACCGACCUCGCUACCCCUCCGACUCAGUUCUUCUCCAUCAUGUUUGGACACAAGAGGUGCGACGCCACCUGGUCCAAGACCGAAACCCGCGGAUCAUACCAUCAGUACGCUCUGGCCGUCGACAUUCCUCCCUUUGACGCCACGGGCUAUCUCGAUGGCACCGUGCCCCUCCUCCUCAACGUCGACGACGAGUUUGGCCAGAGCCUUGGGGUUUUCGAGGUCGGCGACUUUACUUACGACGAUGCAUCCAGCUAUCAGUCUUACAGCUCCGCCUCGCCCCAGGACAUGUCGCGCAAGAGGAAGGUCUCUGCCGACUCGGCCGACUUCUUGCGCUCGCCCCCGAAGCACCUUUCCAGCCAACAGAUCCUCCCCGACCGGACGAGGGCGCCAGGCGUCUACUCGACCACUCCUAGCUCGGAUUCCUCAUAUCUCCAGACGCCCACCUCGAGCGCAUACUCGUACCCUGGCGCCUUUGACCGCAGCCAGAUGCAGUCGAGAUCGUACGGCCAGCAAUACACGCAACAGGCCCCUCAGAAAUCAUCGUAUCAGUAUUCGCCUAGCCUCGGUCUCGUUCAUGGCCCGGUCAAGAGCUACAUGGCGACCAACUAUGGCUCGUACCCACCGAUGAGCCAGUCGCUCCGGACCUCUUCAUUCCAGCCUGGCAAUCUGCUGGCGAGAUCGAACGCCAUGCCUUCUCCGUCAGCGCUGGUCAACCCGCCGCUCAUUAGAACGUCGACGCUGCAGCCUCAGGGCGCCGUGUCUUCGUUCCAACACAGCAGCGCGCAGGCCUUCAACCCCUACGCCAUGUAUCCCAACUCGAAGGCGAGCCUCAAGAUCGAGGGCGACCUCGAGGCCAUGGCGGAAGACUGGACGCGCGAGGAGCGGAAAGAUAAAAGACGCCUCGUGCAGUUCCGGCGUAAACAGUCCGGUAGCACAAUCACAACCACCUUCAAGCCAGUGGCACCGGAAGAUCGCGCGCCGCACAGCAUCUGCAUUAGCUGCAUCUGGUGGGAGGAGAAGCAGGAAUGCUUUGUCACCAGCGUCGACACGAUCUACCUGCUCGAGUCGCUUGUCGCAGUGCGAUUCACCGUCGAAGAAAAGAACCGCAUCCGGCGGAAUCUGGAAGGCUUCCGGCCGCUGACUGUCUCAAAGGCAAAGGCCGAAAGCGAGGAGUUUUUCAAGGUCAUCAUGGGCUUCCCGAACCCCAAGCCACGGAACAUCGAGAAAGACGUCAAAGUGUUCCCUUGGAAGAUCUUGUCCCACGCACUCAAGAAGAUCAUCGGCAAAUAUUCGGCCAGCUACUCCUCGACAGCAGGCGUGCUACCCACGCCCGUGGCCAGCGGGUACGGCAGCGGCCCAGAUACCACGGGCGCGGUGGUGGUGGGCGGCAGCGGCACCACCGACCUGCGACACACCGCCUCGCCGCGGUCGGCGACGAGCUCGGCGGCCUCGACGGCCUACGCCUCCAGCAUGACCUCGACCGCCCUCUCGCCCGGCAUCAAGCCAUCACCUGCCCUGGGCGGCGGGCAAUCAGCAGGCCCCCCGGACCUGCGCGUGUCGGUCCCGCAGUUGGGCGGCGGCGGGCUGGGGACCUGGCCUAGUGCGCAGCAACAGCAGCAGCAGCAGCAGCAGCAGCAACAACAACAACAGCCGCAGUACGGCGCCACGGCUGCUGCGGCUAGCCUGACGGGCGCCACGGGUGGCGGAAGCGGCGGCGGAGGCGCCCGUGGCGGCUCCUGGGAUUUUACGACGUACAUGGACGCGUCGCCGGCGUCGGCGACGGGCGCGACAUCGACGACAGCCCAAGGCUACCAGGAUACGGGCGACGCGUAUCAGCAAUAUGGAGGCACGGGCGGCGGCGGAGGAGGAGGAGGGGUCGGGGGUCAGCGGACCUCGCGCGCCUGA